AUGAUCCGUUCAUCAGGAUUAGCAAACCCUCAUCCUCCUCCUCCUCCCACGACCAUAAACAAACUCGGCGACGACCUCCUCGUAGAGAUUCUGAUCCGCGGCCUCCCAAACCCUAGAUCCGCUUGCUCCUCCAAACUCGUCUGCAAGCGGUGGAGCUCCCUCAUCUCCGGUCCCCGUUUCAACCGCCGUUUCGUUUCUCACGGCCGGGAAACCAACCCGCCGAUGAUGCCGGACGAUCCGUUGGAGCUGCUACGGAUCAUCCGCGGCUUUCUCCCUCCCAUGCCUCAUGGAGUUGUAGACACUCUGAGAGUUUCGGACUGCAACAAGGACUUGGUUUUAUGCGGGUUUUGUGAUGUAGGUAAAGACUACGAGAAGGACGAACGAAGCAGGUCGUACUUGGUCUGCAAUCCGUUUACGAAGCAGUGGAUCGCUCUUCCUUUAGCACCUAGGGUUUCUUCUCGCAGUUAUGGGGAGCAAGCAGGGUUAGUUUGUGAACCCAUUAUUUCUCACAAGCUUGAUUUGGGAGAUGACGAUGGCGAAGCGUUUGUUUAUUUCGAGUAUCGUUUUCGGGUGGUGCGUACGUACAUAGACGUUUAUGUUGGUUCGAAAGCAGACGUGUUUUGUUCGGAGACGGGAGAAUGGACCAAGGAAGCUCUUUUUUGUCGUGGCCGGUUUACCCUUAGACCCCUGGUUUCAUGCAACGAGGAGUUGUUUUGGACGUAUUAUAAAGGGCACGAUGAGCGUAAAUUUUGGGUGGCUAGGUUUAAUCCUUUCCGUCUUGAUAUGCCUCCCGCUUCUAUCGAUCCUCCUGCAUUAUUCCCCGUGAAAACCAAGUGGUCUGCUUACGUCUCACAAGGUGCUUUGCACGUUGUGGCACUAGAAAACGAAACCCUACCCGUUCGUUUAAGUGUUUGGAGACUCGAAGAAGACGGUCGAUCUUGGAGGAAACAGUUUGAGCGAUCGCUGAGCGAGAGAUCAAAGUGCUGCAACUACGACGUCGUUGGGGGUGGCUGUCAUCCGCUUGGUCUACAUCCACACAAACCGGAAAUCGCCUUCUUUCGUUGCCACGCCGGCAAGGAUGAGAAUGCGAUAUUGUGCUACGACGAUGAUUCGACAAGGGAAGUAGAGCUGAAGGUCUUUGGUGAACUAGCAGGGUUACCGGACGGUCAUGGUCUCCGGGUGUUCCAGCCCAGAGUUUGUUGCUGGCCGACGCCGAUUCCAAGGUACAGGGAGCUGCAAGGCGUCUACGAUGGAAGCUAUAGCUUUUGGUUUCAGACUCAGAGAGCAAAAGCAAAAACUCCCCCGCUCCCUCCGUCCCUCAUCAAUUGCAUGGAUCGUGUCAUGAAAUCGGCCUUUUACAAGGGUUACAUCCAAAACGUCACCGCAGAGGCGACGAUGCAGAUGGUGGCUGCAAUCAUUCAGCGUCGGAAGGACGAAAUCGGCGACGAGAAUGUCUAUUCGAGACAUAGGCGGCCCCGGUCUCCGGUGUACAACGACGAAUGGGAUCUGAUGAGAGCUGAUCUGGAAGACGUUGAAGCUGAUAUAACCUCUCUGGGAAAGCAGAAAGAAGAGCUGAAGCAGGCAAUUCUGCGUAAAACGUCGCCAAAGCUUCCUUAUCCUCCUCCAGGUAAUUAA